UCAUUUCACAAUGGUCCCGCCCAUACAGUGCUGAGGCUGGCAGUGCAACCGCUCCACACUAGAUGAGCAGCAGAGCUCUCCUAACUUAGAGGAAUAUGCUGAUAUUAUUACACCACGGUGAAGGAAAGAGAUCACAGAGCAACAAGGAUUUUCUGCUGCUGUGUUGAGAGAAGCCCAGAGUGGAGCCCAGAUCCUGUUGUGGGCUAAUUAAAUCCCCCGACCAUCACCUACACCCCCUGCCUUCCCUCCUCUGGUGGACCAGAAAAAGACAGAACUCUGAGCAGGACAGCGUCCCCGCCUGCCUCCUCAUGCUCCUUCAGGUGGAGCGGAGGGCUGGGCCAGCACACUCAGCCUGCCGGCCGGGGUCACGCGCUCCGUGACGGGGAUGGCGUUCCUCAGGAGGCUGGUUCUUGGCUUGGCCUGCUCCCUGCUGUGUGUCUACGUCCUGUGUUUGUACCUGCAGGGGCAUCAGUCCUGGUCCUUAGUGCCUGUGAGACAGUUCCGUGUCUUCACAGAGGGGAGCAGCAGCAGCUCACAAGACUCUGAGGAGCCUCUUGAUAGAAAGAGCAACAGUGACCAUUGGAGCCAUCCGCCCUCCUCCUCCACCUUUCACCCAGAGCUCUCCUCUGGAACAGUUCUGGGUGAGCACACGGGUGCCACACAGACUCCAACUUUAAACGCUCAAACAUCCAAGGCCGCUGAAGAGCAGGAGCCAGCAGGGAGCAAAGUCCAGGAUGUCUCAAAGUCCACCACCAGCCCUGAUGGUGUGGGUAGAACUAGGACUAGUGCCAAACCCCCUGCACUGCAUCCCCCCCAGCCCACGCAGGCAGCCGGACCAACAGAGCCUCCCUUCAUCGGAGACACUUACAUGAGUGAAGACGUCCCUCCACAAACAGACUGCCCAGAUGGCAUCAGCAGUCAGGUUGCACAAACUGAGUUUGGGGGAAGGUUUCUGCAACAUAUUCCGGUCCUGCAGUGGGCCAAACACGCAACCCGGGAACAACACGAGCGCCUCAGCAAGUACCCAGGAGCGCACGGCUGGGAGGGCAUCGAUUACAAAACUCUGGUGGAAACUCUCUCCGUCCUCAACUUCACUGCUAACUGGCAGAUGUUGGACGACUGGAGGGAUCGCAGCAAUGACUCAAAGUGUAUCCACUGUGCUGUGGUGGGGAACGGAGGGAUACUGAAGGACUCGAAGAAAGGGGAAGAGAUCGACAGUCAUCACUACGUCUUCAGGACCAACGGGGCGAUCACCAAGGGCUUUGAGCAGGACGUGGGGUCUCGCACCACCCACUACACCUUCUCCACCAACACGUUAAUGAACUCCAUGAGGAGCUACGCAAGAGUCGGGUACAGAGGACCACCUGUGUCAAAGGAAACACGAUACGUCUUUCUGCCUGAUCACGACCGUGAUUACCUGCUGAUGAAGGCUGCAGCCACGCACACUGCAGUGGAGAGAGGGCCUGAGACGGCCAAAGACCCUCUGAAGUACUUUGGAGAGGACGUGUCGGCUGAGAAGCUGAAGAUGUACCACCCAGAUUUCAUCCGUUACCUCAGAAACAGAUUCCUCCGAUCGCAUGCUCUGGAAACCAAAUACAAGGACAUUUACCGUCCGUCGACGGGGGCUGUGAUGCUGCUGGCUGCACUGCACACCUGCGACCAGGUGAGUGCGUACGGCUUCAUGACCCCAGACUAUAAGAACUACUCUGACCACUAUUACGACAGCAGCUACCACCCGGUGGGUUUCUUCAUCAACCACGACCUGCGCAUGGAGAUGUCCCUGUGGCAGCAGCUGCACCAGGCGGGCCUCAUACGACUCUACAUGCACAAGUGAAUUCACGUGCACCACAAGUGAGCGUCGCACUGUGUGCACACAGAUUACCAGCGUGAUUGUGAGGAUACAGGAAGUCCAAACACAGACUACCCUUCCUGCCUUGUUUCAAAAAUGACUCUCUGAACUGAGCAAAAACAAACACGUGGCAGAAGUUUUCUUUUUAUGAAGGAAACAAGAAUUCUUCUUCUUUUUUUUAAUGACAGCUGCUGUGAUUGUUGAGGAAGCAGAUUUAGUUUUAUUUAUCAACAAAGUGUUUGUUUAAAACUUUUAAUUUAAACAUUUAAUUUUCCCAGAAACAUGGUUUUGGUGAUUUGUAGUUUGAAUACGACCAGACGUCUGCACUGUUUGUCAGACAGUUGACCCCUUGUCAUUGAAAUAUUCAUGGUCCCCAGAGGAUGACUGUGGUGAUCCACUGAUUUUUUAUCUAGCGCCACCGACAGGUCAAAGUUUUCACUUAACCAGUGAAAUACCUCCGCACACAGCAGAUGGAUUGGCACGACAUUUUAUAAAGACAUGCAUGGUCCCCUGAUGAGGAAGUUAUGAGUUUGAUCAGGUUUCAGUUUCAUCAGGUCAGACACAUUUAUAACCACAGCUCACAACAAUUGCAUCAGCCUCAGCUUUACUUUAUAUUUAUUGCUAAUUAGCAAAUGUUAGCAUGCUAAGAGAUGAAGAUUUGACCUGCUAAACAACAGCUUGUUAGCAUUUUGACAAUGCUAAUGUUAGCAUAUAGCUUAAAGCACGGCUGCAUUUUAUUAAUCUGAGACAUGAGCAGCUGAGUGGGAAAAAUCGUGGCAAUAUCUCCUGCACCGUCAACACGCCGUCGUCAAAAUGGCUACGAAGCCUCCACCACUGGCAGUUCUACUGAGUUUUAAUUAGCUGAUUUAAGGAGCUAUACAGAGUCUGUUCAUGUUUGGUGGCACUGGAUUAGCAUGUAGAUAUCUUCACGCUCCCUAGUGAUGUUUCCAUUCUCCCCAUUUUUCUGACAUUGUUUGAAAGCACCACAGGAAGGAAGUUGUCAGUGCGCUUGAUGUGGUUAAUUUGAGUCAUUUCCCAUCAUUGUCCUCACUUUCCUUUUUGUGACAUCAGUACUGGUAGAUCACCUGUCUGAGGGCUGAAAGAGUUCUGUCGGAUUUUAUUGCAGAGUUUUUAUUUGAACAGAUAAUGUAGAUAAUUGAUUUUUUUUAUUUAUCUCCUCUGUUCUUUUUUUUUUUUUUUUUAUUACUGCUGAGAAUCAAAAACAAACUUAAUCCAUUUUAAAAUCUGGUUUCCUUAUGAUUCUACUGGAAUUAGUGACUGAAAUGUUGUCGGAUCUAAAGUUACCCCUCACCCAGAUUUAUCUCAGUUUUAAACUGGGUUUGUUUUGGUCUACAAGUCACUAAAACCAUGUUUGCUGGGAAGACUUUAGAUGGUGUCGUACAAUCUGAAUCAAAGUGCUACUCGUGUUACUGUGUCGUACAGUACAGUGUGUUGACAAGGGACAAGACUGCUACUGAGUUUGGCCACUUGCUUAAAAUACCCCGACUCCCCACCCUAAAUAGAUGGUUAGAGCGCUGCUGGCAGUGGCCAUGGUCUUUUUCUGACAUUUACUCACAUUAUGUUCAGGCUCUGACUCUGUCUACAUGUCUGUGUGUGUUUUACUGUGGAGGGUAGCAAAAAAAAAACUAUGUGGUUGUAAAGCUCAAUGACACAAAUAUUUGAACCUGACAAUGUAUUUAGUUUAAGGGACUUAACUUAUUUUUUCUUUGUUCUGAAAUCUUCUAAGCACAUAAGUGUACUUUUUGUUUUACACUGUGUCACACUGUGAUAAGAACAGUAUGUGAGCUCUACAGGAUUUUCAGUGCCUUUUUUUUAAUGUGAAUCAGUAGUUUGGAUGAAGCAUUUGUGACUCAGGCGGAAAUCUGCGAGGCGAUUCAGUACGUCUCCACGACAACACAACCGAGGACGUCAGUGGCCUUUUCUCUGUGUUUGGAUUUGGAGACCAUCGCCAAAGACUUGUCUCAAGGAAUCCGCGUUUUCAUCCGCCACACCUGGAGCCGAGACAAUGAAGGGUCUGGGUUCAGUGAGAUUGAUUGUCGCCCCCCCCCCCCCCCAUCUCAAACUGAACGGAGGCAUCACAUCCACAAUAGCACGGAUGUACUUUUCUGUGUUCCUGUAGGUCUUACGGUGAGGGAGGAGACAGGAAACCAAAGACGCACUAUACAUCAGGGAAUAUUUAAAAUGUAACUACUUUGUAUAUGAAACCAACACACAUUAAAACUAAGUGAUCCAAUCAUUUGAAUUAUUAUUUUUACAAUGUGUAAAGGGAGGAAGUGGAGACCUUUUAUAGUGCAAUUCCUGACUCUGAAUCUGACCUUUUUUAAAAAUUUGUAUAAAAACAAACUGAUUUUA